CCUCUCUCAGCCUUGGAGCUUGACCUCACCUUUCGCCAUCGCCGUCGCGACACCACACUCACCGACCCGAACCUUGCCCAAUUAUCGACUACACGCGAUCGAGCCCCCUCCCCCGUUCAGCCCACGAAUAUCAUCUUGCCGCAUCACAGUUGAGUCGUCACGAUGUUCAGAAACAACUAUGACAACGACUCGGUCACAUUCUCGCCACAAGGCCGGAUCUUCCAAGUCGAAUACGCCGCGGAGGCAGUCAAGCAAGGUUCCGUCGUCGUUGGAAUAGCAAGCAAGACACAUGCAGUGCUGUGCGCAAUCAAGCGAAAUGCCGAAGAACUCUCCUCAUACCAAAAGAAACUCUUCCCCAUCGACUCCCACGUCGGCAUCGCCAUCGCCGGCCUGACCUCCGACGCGCGCGUGCUCUCCAACUUCAUGAAGCAGCAGUGCCUGGGCCACAGGCUGACGUACGGCCGCGACAUGCCCCUGCGGUCGCUGGUGGAGAUGAUCGGCGAGAAGGCCCAGAUCAACACGCAACACUACGGCAAGCGGCCCUACGGCGUGGGCCUGCUGGUGGCCGGCGUCGACGACAAGGGCCCCCACCUGUUCGAGUUCCAGCCUAGCGGCCUGACGGAGGAGAUGGUGGCCUUCGCGAUCGGCGCCAGGUCUCAGAUGGCGCGGACGUACCUGGAGCGGCACAUCGACGACUUCGAGAAGUGCGACAGCGAGCAGCUGAUCCAGCACGGCCUCAAGGCCCUGAAGGAGAGUCUGGUGCAGGACCGGGAGCUGACGGUCGAGAACACGAGUGUCGGCGUGGUUGGGGUCAAGAGGACCGAGGACGGCAUCAAGAAGGUCGAGCCAUUCAAGGUCUACGACGGUCAGGACGUGAAGGCGUGGAUCGACCUCGUCGCUGACGACAAGGAGGGCGGCGGCGACGGAGAGGGCGAGGGCGAGGCCAGUGCACCGGCUGGCGAGAGCAUGGAGGUCGACAGCUAGACGUGUCCCCGACGCCCGGGCUCUCCCGGUGAGACCAAUGGCACUCGCAUGAGUGCAGAUGACUGAGACGUUAACAUGAUCAUACGCCGCGGUUGGGACGGAAUCGCUGCGGUCAUCAGUCUAAAGAUGUACGAGAGGCAAUGAGUUUUGCCGAACCAAGGCGCAACAUCGUCCGGUUGCAUAACACCUUGGACGUAGUUCUAAAUCUGAUCUAUAGACCCUUCAGAAGAACCUACCCGCAUAAGAGA